AUAGCCAUGAAUGAAAUGAAAAUUGUCCAAAAUCAAUAAAUAUGUUGUAUCAAGAAUUUCUUUUUAUAAAAUAAUGUUAAAUUUAUAUUAUAAAUUUCUGAAAAAAAGUGGAUGAUUUUUUUUGUAAGCUUGGUAUGAAAUUGUUGUUCUGGUUUUAAACGCUGUGAAAAAGAAUGCCAUUACAAACCUUUGGAGAAAAACCAAAGUCUUUUCAAUUAAAUGACAAUAGUGAUGAGUUAUUUAUGAUUGGAAGUGAAGUUGGAAGCUACUUGCAUAUGAUGAGAGGCUCAGUUUACAAGCGUUAUCCUUGUUUAUGGAAACGGCUUGCAACAUCUGAUGAGCGUAAAAAAAUGUCAAAAUAUGCAAUGCAUCAACUUCCAGCUCAUGUCAUGAUAGUAAAAGCUGCUGAGGUUGAAGAACUUAUAGAAGGAAAAGAAAGCAAAUACAAAAAUGAAGGAGGUUCAACUGUUGCAAAAGACUCUCCACAAUUACUUCCUAAACCACGACAGAGAGGAAAACCUGAUAUUUGGGUACCAAAUAUUUUACCAAAUAACUCACAUCAUUUAGAUGCGGUUCCUGCUGGUACUCCAAUCAGCAGACAUAGGGUUGGUUCUAAAAGAGUCAAGACAUUCCCAACUUGUUAUGAUGAUCAUGACAUGGCAGCAAUUCACGAUGCAGCGAAUGAAGUUGAAGAGCUUAUUCCCAUACGCUUAGAUAUUGAGCUUGAUGGACAAAAACUGAGAGAUACUUUUACUUGGAAUAAAAAUGAAAAACUAAUUUCACCAGAAUCAUUUGCAGAAGUGUUAUGUGAUGAUUUGGAUCUACCUACAUUAGUAUUUGUACCAGCUAUUGUGCAAGCAAUGCAUACACAAAUUCGACAAUAUAAUGCACAGCCAGAAAUUUUAAGUGAAAUGUCGGAUCAACGGGUUAUAAUUAAGUUAAAUUUGCAUGUGGGAAAUGUUUCUCUGCAAGACCAGUUUGAGUGGGACAUUUCUGAAAAGCUUAAUAAUCCAGAACAAUUUGCCUUAUCUCUUUGCACUGAGUUAGGUCUUGGUGGUGAGUUUGUGACAGCUAUUGCUUACAGUAUACGUGGUCAGUUAAAUUGGAACAGGAAAACUUAUGCAUUUAGCGAAAAUCCACUACCUGUAGUUGAAAAUGCAGUACGCACUGGAAUGGAUAUUGAUAAGUGGUGCCCAUAUUUAGAAACUCUUACAGAUGCUGAGAUGGAAAAGAAAUUAAGAGAUCAAGACAGAAAUACAAGGCGGAUGCGUCGGCUUGCCAAUACAAUACCUUAUUCUAUGCAAAUUUAAUUGGUUAAAAAAGGUAUAUCAAAUAUGUUGAAGAAUGGUCUUGUUUGGGUAGUUUUUUAAAACUGAUUUUUAGAUUGAGGUAUGCCCAAGUAAAAAUACAUAUGCUGUGCGUAAACAUUUUAAAAAGUAUGAUGGUUUAAAAAUCAAGUCAAGCAAUAUUAUCAUAAGUAUUUAUUCAUGAAAAAACUACAAAGAUUGUUUAAUCAUUAGAAAUUGAUAAAAACUUUUAAAAAAGAUUUUUGAUUGAUUCUACUUUUAUAAAAAGCUUAAGUUUUAUUAAAUUUCAUAUAUCAAUCUUUUAUUAUCAAUAUUCAAUAUUAAAAAUAUUAUUAAUUAGAUUUAUUUACUAUUAUCAAUGAGAUCUAUUUUAUGUGA